AUGAAUUAAGAGGAAAAUGUGUAGUAAUAUGUUUCAAAUAAAUCCAAAGAAUACAAAGAAGAGUGCAGACAACUCUUAGAACGAAUUGUAGCUCUGUAACUCAAAGUAUUUAAAGCUCCAGACCUCUAUGUCAAAGAAGUCUUAAAUGUUGUCGAAUAAUAUAAAUAAGUAUGUACAUAAUCAAUUUCUUUAGUAAUUUGAAUUGGUUAAAUAAAACCCAGGUUAAAGUAAUGGCAAAUUUAGCAUAAUUGCCUAAUUUCUAUCAAAGGUUGCUGUUUAUUAUAAAACAGACAUGAAAUUUUACAUAGAAGAUUUAAUGGAACUUAUCAACCAUUUUUAAAAUACUUUGAAUUAAGGCUUAAGAAAAAAAAUCAUCUUUUGUUUAUUAAGAUUAAGAGGCAAAAAUUUAAUUGAACCUUAUAGAAUGAUUGUAUUUUUAAUGAAAUUGUUUAACUGCUAAGAUAAGGAUUUAAGAAGAAUUAUUUUUAGAUUUAUUAUUAAAGACAUUAAAUAAUUUAAUAAGAAACAUAGAAAUGAAACAUUAAAUAAAUAAAUUUAGGUAUAAAUAUAUAUAUCCUUAGAAUUUCAUAAUUGAUUUAAUUAAGAAAUCAUAAGAAAAUAUAGCUAAACGAGCUAUUUAAAUAAUGAUUGAAUUAUAUAAAAAAAAUAUAUGGAAAGAUAAUAAGUGUGUGAAUAUAAUUGCACAAGGUUGCUUUAAUUAAAAUUACAAAAUUAAAUUAUUGGCUUGUUAUUUCUUAAUAGAAACAACUGAAACUCAUGUUGAGAUUGAAUCAUCAGAGGAUGAAGCCGAUAAAUAUAUUUAAAAAAAAGGGAAAAAUAAAUGUGUUAAACCUACUAAGGCCAGAGAACAUAGAGUUGAAAGAGAAAAGAAAAUGGCAGAUAAGAAAUAAAGGAAGAAGUUGUAACGAUUUAAUAGCGGUGGAGGAUUCUUUGCUUUAGAUUAAAUAUAUUCCCCCUAAGAUUUUGCUGAAAGAUUAUUUGAUAAUUUAAAAAAACAUGAUAGUGAAAGAUUCUCUGUUAAAUUGGCUAUGAUGCAUUUGAUAUCCAGAUUAAUUCACAGACAUAAAUUACUAUUAAUACCUUUUUAUACUUACAUUCAAAAGCAUUUAUACCCAAAUAGUAAGGAUGUGGCAAAGUUAUUCGCUUAUCUAGCUGAAUCUAUACACGAUUAAAUUCCAAAGGAGGACUUAUAACCAACUGUCAGACAUUUAAUUGAUCAAUUUGUUAACGAUAGGUGUUAAGAAUUAACCUUGACUAUGGGUUUAAGAGGAAUAUACGAAAUAUUAUAGAAGCACCCAAAGAUUUUGGAUAAAGAAAAUAUUACUUAUCUAAUUCAUUACAUCAAAUAUAAAAAUAGAAAUGUCAGUUAAGCUGCAAGAUCCAUAUUGAAUCAUUUCAAAGAUACAAAUCCUUAAUUAUUAGAUAAAAGAUUGAGAGGUAAUAAAUGGAAGAGUACAGAAGAAUUGGAUGGUGAAUUUGAUGAUAAUUUUAUUUAACAAAUUACAGUAGGUAUAGAUGGCGCUGAACUAUUGCAAUAAGAAGAAGAGGAGAAAUUGAACAAAAAAUUUGAUAUUCCUAUCUAUUGUGAUAGAAUAUUGACGGACGAGGAUUUUAAAAGAAUUAGAGCAUUGAAAAGAAAGAAGGAAGCUGAAAUUGAAUAAAAUAAACUUUAAGAAAAAUAAUAAAAAAAUUAAUAUAUUGAAUAAGAAGUAGAAGAUGAUGAAGAUUUUAUAGACGAUGAUGAUGAGAAUGAUCAAGAUGAUAUUUCAGAUAUUAGUGGGGAUAGUGCUGAAUUAGAUGAUAACGCAAAUGAAAAUGAAGAAUGGGAAGAUGAAAGUAUUGAUGAUGAAGAUAUUGAUGAUGACGAUAUUAAACCUGAUAGUAAAAUCACAAAAGAAUAGAAUAAAAAUAGGAGGUAAUCUUUAUCAGAUUUGGAAGAAGAAGACUCUGUUUAAGAGUAUUAUUCAGAUGAAAGUAAAGUAUCAGAUGAGAAUCCUCAUGGUUAUGUAAGAGAGGAGGAUAUAAUGAGAUAUAGAAAAACUAAAUCAGAAUAAAAGCAUGAAAAGUUAGAAGAAUUGAAAAAUGGAACCAAAGAAAAAUGGUAAUUUUAUGAUUUAUCGUUUAAGGUAUUAAGGUCCUAAUAAAAAGAAAUCAGAAUUUGCUUCAACAUCAAACAAAGAAAAAUAAAAGAAUAAGCCAUUAUAAAUGAUGAGAGCAAAGAAAGUUGAGUAAAAGAAUAAAGAAUCAAGAAUUAAAAGCAAAAUAAAGGACUUGAAAAAUAAAUUAGGACAUGUUAGAAGUGGAAAAUAGGCUUAAAGGUUGAAAAAAUAGAAACUUAAAUGAUU